AUGGCUACGCGUACACUCCACACGCUCUCCAUCUCCGCCUUGUUUAUUCUCCUCCUCUUCGCCGCGUCGUCACCGGCAGAUGCUCAGCAACCGUACGUCGACAACCGCCAGCUCGACUGUUUAAACCACAACUUCGACAACAUAACCAACGGUUACACCUGUAACGGCCCAAGCUCUUGCCGCUCCUACCUCACCUUCUGGUCUCAGCCACCGUACAACACGGCCAACUCCAUCGCCCGACUCCUCAACUCCUCCGCCACCGAAAUCCAGUUAAUCAACAACCUAACCACCGUAACCGCCACAAUUCCCACCCGUCAAUUGGUCACGGUCCCCGCCGAUUGCUCCUGCUCCGGCGGAUUUUACCAGCACAACGCCACUUACAGACUCUCCGGCGCAAGAGAGGAGACGUAUUUCUCGGUGGCUAACGAUACAUACCAAGCUCUGUCCACGUGUCAAGCCAUGAUGUCACAGAACCCAUACGGAGAGAAAAAUCUAACCGCCGGUUUAAACCUCCUCGUCCCUCUCCGAUGUGCUUGCCCAACCGAGAAACAAACCGCCGCCGGAUUCAAUUACCUAUUGACCUACUUAGUCGCCAGGGGAGACAGCAUCUCCGUCAUCGCCGAAAUGUUCAGAAGCACAUCCGACGCCGUCACCGACGCUAACGAGCUCAAUUCAACCAACAUCUUCUACUUCACGCCGCUUUUAAUUCCUCUCAGAACAGAACCGACCAAAAUCGAGAUAUCUCCGUCGCCUCCUCCACCGGUUGCUACUCCGCCUCAGUCUCCGCCGGUGGAUCCUCCGAAUUCUUCUCGCAAAUGGAUUUUCGUCGGAAUCGGAAUCGGAGCUGGUUUGCUUCUCGUAAUCUCAAUCUUAGCUUUCUGCUUCUACAAACGGAGAUCGAAACCGUCGUCGUUGUCGCCGACGGAACAAAACAAGCUCACCGAUUCAUCAACGAAACAAUCUCUUCCCACAACAACAACAACCCAAUGGUCAAUCGAUUUAUCAAACUCCACAGAGACAUUCGGCCUCAAAUCCGCAAUCGAAUCCCUAACGCUCUACAGAUUCCACGAUCUCCAAUCCGCGACCUCGAAUUUCAGCGACGCAAACAGAAUCAAAGGCUCCGUGUAUCGCGCGACGAUCAACGGAGACGACGCGGCGGUGAAAGUGAUCAAAGGAGACGUCACAUCCUCGGAGAUCAAUCUACUGAAGAAGCUAAACCAUUCCAAUAUCAUCCGUCUCUCCGGCUUCUGCAUCCGCGAAGGAACGUCGUACCUCGUCUACGAGUACUCGGAGAACGGAUCGGUUAGUGAUUGGAUUCACUCGCCGGAGAAGAAGAAAGCUCUGACGUGGAAACAGAGAGUUGAGAUCGCUAGAGACGUAGCAGAAGCUCUAGACUACCUCCACAACUACGUAACACCACCGCAUAUCCACAAGAACUUGGAAUCCACAAACGUACUUCUUGAUGCUAACUUCAGAGCCAAGAUCUCGAAUUUCGGAGUUGCGAGGGUUCUUGACGAAGGCGAUCUUGAUCUUCAGUUGACGAGACACGUGGAAGGAAGACAAGGCUACUUAGCUCCGGAGUAUGUGGAGAACGGAGUAAUCACUCCGAAGCUGGACGUGUUUGCGUUUGGUGUUGUGGUGCUUGAGCUUCUUUCAGGGAAAGAAGCAGUGACGAUAGAGAAGAAGGAGAAGGGAGGAGGAGAAGAAGUGGAGAUGUUGUGUAAAGAGAUAAACAAUGUGCUUGGAGGAGAGAAUGUUAGAGAGAAGCUAAAAGCAUUCAUGGAUCCAUCUCUAGGCGAUGAGUAUCCGUUGGAGCUUGCUUACACCAUGGCUCAGUUAGCCAAGAGCUGCGUCGCAACUGAUCUUAACUCGAGACCAUAUGUGGCUCAGGUUUUGACCACGCUCUUGAUGAUCGUCUCGUCGUCUCUCGAUUGGGAGCCUUCUCAUGACCUUCUACAUGAUUCGGGCUCUCUUGGUGACUAA